UACUGGUUGUGUUACUGUAGCUUUGCGAUCUAAAGGUGGUGAGCUUCUAAACAUCAUGCAUGCUGUGAAGGGUGGCUGGGUUGGGCAGACAUUUGCCCUAGCUAGAGGGAAUGGGUCUGAAGGGAGGAAGUCUCGGAUUCGGCGUUCAAAGGAGGAGAGGAAGGCAUUGGUUGAAUCCUUUAUAAAGAAGUAUCAAAAUUCAAACAAGGGAAAUUUCCCAUCACUUAAUCUCACACACAAGGAAGUUGGCGGGUCUUUCUACACCGUACGGGAGAUUGUUCGAGAUAUAAUCCAGGAAAAUAGAGUUCUGGGUCCUGCCAAGUUGAGUCCAGAGGAACAGAGCAGUUAUCAGUUCUUGGAACAAGAUCCACUGUGUUCGAUUGACACAGAACCUCCAACUAUGUCAUUAAUAUCCAAUAAAACUCAUCUCGUAUCCAAUCAUCAGCAGGAUACAAGUGAAGAACAGAUCUUAUGUUCUGAUGGGAAUGAUUUUAGACCUGACAAUCAAGCUUUUGAGAAUGGGCGAAUCAUAAAUGGAAGUCAGGUAGAUGUGGAAAACAGAAGGUCUGAUGGACCAACUUGUGUAGAGUUGCAGGUAAGUGAACCUUCAGAAGCAGACAAAUAUCUUGAGGAAGAACUUGCAGCAUCAAUGACGGAAACUCCUGCAACAGAAGAGAAAGAGCAAGUUUUAGUUUCUAAUGGGAAUUGUACUGUACCAGAACAUCAGAUGCUUGACAAGGGGCAAACCAUCAAUGGAAGUCUGCUAGACGUUAAAAACAAAAAAUCUAUUGAAUUGAGAUGUACUGAGAACCAUGAAGGUGAACCUUCAGAAAAAGAGAGGAAUAUUGAAGAAAAACUGCCAGCAUCUGAGGCUAAAGUAAAUCCUAUUACAACUGAUGUAAUAGUUGAGGUGUUUCCAUUACGGCCUGUUACUAAGAUCACUGAUAGCUUGGACGGAAUUUUAGAAGAAGCAAGAGAGUUAGAUCAUCCUUUAGAAGAAAAAGAGAUUGAAAAUGUGGAGUGUCAACCAGGUAAUGGUAGCUUUCUAUCUGAUGGAAUGAAUUCCUCAAAGAACCCUAAUUUUGGGGAUGAUAAAUCAGUGGCAAAUCUUUCAGCUCCAGUGGACAAGGAAGUAGUAGAAGACCUUGCAGAGCCAUCAUUGGAAAGCUCAAAUUGCUCAACCCCUAGAGAAGGUAUUAAGCAUGAUAGUCAAGGCAUCAGAGUUCUUGAAGCUGAAGUAUCUUGUAAUGAUGUUGGAACACCCGAAAUGUUUGAGAAAAGCCAGGAGCCUACUGUACCUAAGGCUGUAAAUGCGCCAGAUGGCAUCCAUACCAAUAUUCAGAAUGGUGUUUAUACCAGCAGUAGUAGUGUGGAUGCAAAUACCACCGAGACAAUUCUGAACCAACCUAAAGCUGAUCUUCAACGCAGUGGCAACUCCCAGAAAGGAAUCAAACCAACUUUAGAUAGAAUAAAUCUUGAAUCUUGGGAAGGGACAACUAGAAGAUCUGCAAAACCAGAAACAGAAACUAAUCCAAUUUUGGCUACUUUUAAAGCAUUUAUAGCUGCCUUUAUCAAAUUUUGGUCUGAAUAAACGCUUGCACUCUGUAGUUGUUUUGAUCGUGGAUGUAGAGCUAUAUGGCUGCUAAAUAUUAGAUAAUGCCUGGUGUCACUUGGGUGAUUCUUAUAUUAAAAUUGCGUGGUUGUUUUUCUUUUA